GUGCGUUCUAGGAUGGGAAAAUGGCAUGUGCGCCGUGCGGGCGAGGGUUAGUUAACUGAACCAUGAUCUUUUCAAGGAUUACAAUACAACGCCACCCGAGGCAAUCGCCGAUGCCAAAUGCCAUAUGGCCAUGCGAUAGCCCUGCAAAUGUGAAAAAUCAAUUUAUCGCUUGGAACAUUUUUCGAAAGCCCAUCAUUUAUUUAUGAGGGCAAAAUAAACCCCUGCUGAAUCCCUGCUAACUUCCGUUACAUCACCUUUUUGUUGUUUCGUGCUCCAGAUUCGUUUCAAAUGCGUCAGAUUUGGAACAGAGCGAUUGCUACCAUAUCAUCGGGCCUCAUCAUACUUGCAUCCAACCCUGAACACAUCAAGGCCCUAUAGAACACAUCACACGCAAUCACACACGUAUCACCUCUGCGAAUCACACGGUAUCACACCAAGAUCACAGAACGCGAGCGCAACGCAACACAACAUUUCCAACAACAACAACCUAUAUACCGUGAGUCUUGCAACAACCCAAGGCAACAACCGCCCGUCCCCCCAGCGAAUGUUGGUUUGCCUCAAGAACCUCAACCUAGAAGUCCCUUGGUUCGUCUAAAAAACUGGAAAAAAUGGAUUCAAACAAAACUGAAGUUGUGAUUGUGUCAGCUGCAAGGACACCAAUUGGCUCGUUUCUGGGCUCGCUUUCUACGGUUAAGAGUCACCAGCUGGGCAGCCUGGUCAUCAAAGAAGUGCUGGCACGGGCCGGGGUCGACCCGUCUGAGGUCAGCGAGGUCAUCAUGGGUCAGGUGCUGCCGGCCGGCCAGGGACAGAACCCGGCCCGGCAGGCCGCCGUCAGCGCCGGUGUGCCCGUCCACGUGCCCGCCAGUGGUGUCAACAUUGUGUGCGGCUCCGGGCUGAAGGCGGUGUGUAACGCGGCGCAGGCGAUCCGCUGCGGCGAGGCGCGGCUCGUAGUGGCCGGCGGCCAGGAGUCCAUGUCGCAGGCGCCGCACCUAAUGGGUCUGCGCACCGGACAGAAGCUGGGAGACGCCCAGCUAAGGGACAGCCUGCUGGCCGACGGCCUGCAGGACGCCUUCUCCGGGAUACACAUGGGGGUCACCGCGGAGAACAUUGCCAAGCAGUUCUCCAUCUCUCGGUCGGAGCAGGACGAGUACGCGUGCCGGUCUCAGUCGCUGACCAGGGCGGCGGUGGAGGCCGGCCGAUUCGCCGCCCAGAUCGUACCUGUUCCCGUCCAGUCGCGCAAGGGUGUCACAGAGGUGACGGCAGACGAGUUCCCGCGCCCGGAGACCACCACCGAAACGCUGGCCAAGCUGAAACCGGCCUUCAUCACGGACGGCAGUGGCACUGUGACGGCCGGUAACGCCUCGGGGCUGAACGACGGCGCGGCGGCCGUCCUGCUGAUGAGCGCAGAGGAGGCGGCCACCCGCCGGCUCACCCCGCUGGCACGUGUCGUCUCCAGCGCCUCCUACGGCGUGGAGCCCAGCAUCAUGGGCACGGGCCCGAUCCCGGCCACCCGACUGGCGCUGGAGCGGGCCGGCUGGAGUAUGGACGACGUGGACCUGUUUGAGAUCAACGAGGCGUUUGCGGCGCAGGCGCUGGCCGUGCAGCGCACGCUCGGCGCGCCCAUCGACAAGGUCAACGUCAACGGCGGCAGCAUCGCGCUGGGACACCCGCUCGGGGCCUCAGGCGCGCGGGUGCUCGUCACGCUGCUGUACGCGCUGAGGGAGCGCCAGCUGAAGAAGGGCGUGGCUGCGCUCUGUAUCGGCGGCGGCAUGGGCAUCGCCAUGUGUGUCGAGCUCAUGUGACGUCGUCACCGGGUCGCUUCCAACGGAAACGCGCCGCCGCAGAGGGAGGGUCGCCACCCGCCACUGCUGCAGUAGCGGGAGAUGAGGCCAGUCGAACCCCGUUAGGGGGCUGUACCAAAAUGAUAUUUCACUAUACUCGUAUACUCGUGCCUUUCUUGCCCACAUGUAUAAUGUGCGUGCCAGUGGGCGUUUCCGAUCAAACAUUUUGUACCGAGCGUUUUACACUUGGCGGGCCAGUGAAGAGUUGUCUUCCCCUCGCGGCUGCGCUCUGUAGCUGUAUUGUUUUGGACGUUGGGCUGUCCGAUGUGCUAAAACAUCGUUGUUCUUUUGGUGACGGUUUUUUGGUGACGGUCGAAGCUUUCUGAGUGAACGGGUGAGGGCUUUUAUCGUUGACGUUUUGCCCCUUAGAACGUGUUCUUUGCUGCCAGUAUAGCUCGAUCAUGACAGGCACGUCAGCGUGCAUAUCAGGAAUUCAAUCGUAUUUGCCAAAGGUAUGGAAGCUCAAGGCUCGCAAGUUUUUAGCAACUUGUUUUUGUUCCUUGUUGGGAGCCUGCCGACGUGAGAUCUAUGUAUUUUGCCAUAUGCCAUAUCAGCACGUUGUCUGUUUUGUUGCAAGAAAAUACUCAGAUAGGUUAUCGUGCGUUGAUACUGUUACGUUUUUCUGUUAAUGCUUUACCAAAUACUCAUUAGUCGUUUUGAGUUGUUGAUUUGGUUAUUUGGAAAAUAUAUUAUUCAUCCAUCUGCUC